AUGGCCCCUUCUUUUAGUCUCGAUCAUACUACUCCUGCGGUCGUUCCCGAGUCGAACGAGACUCCGGCCGCCUUUGUGCCCACUAGAGAUCUUUUCUCUCUAGCCGGUCGCACCGUCGUCAUCACGGGCGGUGGUCGAGGUCUUGGUAUGACCUUGACCACCGCGGUCCUGGAAGCUGGCGGCGAGGUCGCCUGCUUGGACCUUCUCCCAGAGCCUAGCCCUGAGGAGUGGAUUGCUGUUCAGAAGCUUGCCAAGUCCUGUGGUCUCCAAGCCACCUAUACCAAAUGCGAUAUCACCAAUGAGGAGGUCACCAAAGGCCUGUUGGAGAAGAUUGCUGCUGAUGCUCUGAGCCGAAAUAAGCCCAUGCGAGGGCUCAUCACCUGUGCUGGAAUCCAGCAGAUGGUACCCGCCUUGGAAUAUCCCAUUGAGGGUUACCGAAAGAUGCUGGACGUUAAUGUUCUUGGGACCUUUAUUCCCGCUAAACACUGCGCUCGCAUCUUUGUGGAGCAGAAGACGGCUGGAAGCAUUGUUAUGAUCGCCUCCAUGUCAGGCCAGAUUGCUAACCGAGGGUUGACUUGUACAGCCUACAAUUCCUCUAAGGCCGCCGUGCACCAGAUGUGCCGAUCGGUCGCUCAGGAAUGGGGGCAGCACAAAAUUCGCGUCAACACACUUUCGGCCGGGUAUAUCCGUACUGCCAUGACCGACGCCUUACUGAAGGAAAAGCCUGAAGUCGAGGAGACUUGGAUGCGAGGCGCCCUCCUUGGUCGUCUGGGUGCGCCCGAGGACUUCAAGGGACCGACCGUGUAUAUGCUUGCUGAUGGCAGCGCCUGGAUGACUGGUGCUGAUCUUCGUGUUGAUGGUGGUCACUGUGCAUCGGCAUAA